AUGGUUAGAGAUGGAAUAGUGCUUGGACAUAGAAUCUCAGAGAGAGGCAUAGAAGUUGACAAGGCCAAGAUUGAAGUAAUGACAAACCUUCAGCCGCCCAAGACAGUCAAAGAUAUCAGAAGCUUCCUAGGACAUGCUGGGUUCUACAGGAGGUUCAUUAAAGAUUUCUCACAGAUAGCAAGGCCGCUAACACGCCUAUUAUGCAAGGAUAUUAACUUUGAGUUCACAGAGGAGUGUCACAAGGCUUUCACUAAGAUCAAAGAGGCAUUGGUCAGUGCGCCAGUGGUUCAACCUCCAAACUGGGAACUACCUUUUGAGAUAAUGUGUGAUGCAAGUGAUUAUGCAGUAGGAGCAGUGCUUGGACAAAGAAAAGACAAGAAGCUACAUGUGAUCUACUAUGCCAGCAGAACACUUGAUGAGGCACAAUGCAAGUAUGCCACAACAGAAAAGGAGCUUCUUGCUAUUGUCUUUGCAUUUGAGAAAUUUCGAUCAUACUUGGUGGGAUCAAAAGUUAUAGUUCACUCUGAUCAUGCAGCAUUAAGGUAUCUUUUAUCUAAGAAAGAUGCCAAGCCAAGAUUGUUGAGAUGGAUACUACUACUGCAAGAAUUUGAUCUUGAGAUCAAGGAUAGAAGAGGAGCAGAUAAUGGAGUAGCUGAUCACCUUUCAAGGAUGAGAGUUGAAGAAAAUCUACCCCUUGAUGAUAGGCUACCUGAAGAAUCAGUUUAUGCAGCUGAAGCUAGCAAUAAGCAUGGACAACUAGGCCAUCACAGGCCAGGAACAAAGAUCUCAUCAUCAAACACACCAUGGUUUCGCCACAUAGCAAACUUCCUUGCAGCUGAAUACCCACCACCAAACUUCUUUGGCUACAGAAAGAAGAAGUUUCUGCGUGAUGUAAGAAGGCACUUUGCCACUUACAAGACAGUAUCCAAGGUCCUACAAGCUGGAUUUUGGUGGCCAACAAUGUUUAAGGAUGCUCAUGCAUUCAUAUCAAGAUGUGAUGCUUGCCAAAGAAUGGGAAAUAUAAGCAAGAGGAAUGAGAUGCCACAGAACUUUAUACUAGAAGUUGAAGUUUUUGAUGUUUGGGGCAUUGACUUUAUGGGACCUUUCCCAACCUCUUUUGGUGACCAAUACAUUCUAGUGGCAGUUGAUUAUGUCUCCAAAUGGGUGGAAGCCAUUGCCAGCCCUACUAAUGAUGCACAAGUGGUCAUCAAGAUGUUUAAAUCCAUCAUUUUUCCAAGGUUUGGAGUGCCUAGGAUAGUCAUAAGUGAUGGAGGUUCACAUUUCAUCAACAGAAUCUUUGCCAACCUUUUGAAGAAGCAUGGAGUCACUCACAAAGUUGCCUCUCCUUACCACCCCCAAACUAGUGGACAAGUUGAGAUCUCAAACAGAGAACUCAAGAGCAUACUUCAGAAGACAACAGGCAAGACAAGAAAGGAUUGGAGUGCCAAACUAGAUGAUGCUCUAUGGGCAUACCGCACUGCCUUCAAAACACCACUUGGUACCACCCCCUUUCAUCUUGUUUAUGGUAAAGCAUGUCAUUUACCUGUGGAGCUGGAGUACAAAGCAGCUUGGGCUAUUAAGGAGUUGAACUUCAACCUAAAGACAGCAGGAGAAAGAAGAUUGAUUCAGCUGAAUGAGCUUGAUGAGAUUAGGCAUCUGGCUUAUGAGAAUUCAAAGAUCUAUAAGGAGAGAACCAAAGCUUUCCAUGACCGCAAGAUCAUCCCAAAGAACUUUGCGCCAAACGACCAAGUUCUACUAUUCAACUCAAGGUUGAAACUCUUUCCAGGAAAGCUUCGCUCAAGAUGGUCAGGACCAUUCAGGAUUAAAGAAGUUCGCCCCUAUGGAGCAGUGGUACUAUGGGAUCCAAUGGGAGGAGACUUUACAGUCAAUGGACAAAGGUUAAAACCUUACCUAGCCUCCACCACCAUACCACAGGAGACCACACUGCUCUUGGCGAUCCACCAGAUCCUUAAGGAAGUGCCAUACAGUCAAGCUAAUGACUUUAAACAAAGCGCUGAAUGGGAGGCAACCCAUUGA